GGGACACACUUGAGAUUAGAUUCAGGAUGGCAGGAAGGCACCAUCAUCAUAAUCUAAGGGGGGGAAAACACUGGUCCCAGUGGAGUAUCCUGAGGCGGAUAAAGUAAGAGCUGGUGCUCUGCUAAAAAGUGAUGAAGAGACAGAGAUCCUGGGGGGACAGGGAGCUCCUGGGAAACAACACAGACGACAACACAGACAACAGUGAACAGGAUGAGUCCUUGUCUCUGAGGUCGUCUUGGUCCCUGGCGGACACCAUGAACUACGUGGGCCAGCUGGCAGGUCAGGUGCUGGUAACCGUCAAAGAACUGUAUAAGGGCAUUAAUCAGGCCACGUUGUCGGGCUGCAUUGAUGUUGUGGUUGUCCGCCAGAGAGAUGGCACCUACCAGUGCUCGCCAUUCCAUGUGCGCUUUGGCAAACUGGGUGUACUACGCUCCAAAGAGAAAGUGAUUGACAUCGAAGUGAAUGGAGAGCCAGUAGAGCUGCACAUGAAGCUUGGUGAUAAUGGAGAGGCCUUUUUUGUCCAGGAAGCUGAGCAGCUGAAUCAGAUUGUCCCUGCCCACCUGGCCACCUCUCCGAUCCCCACCGAGAGUCACCUGUUCUGGAUCUCAGAGGUCGAGCACAGGCCACAAAAAGACCUGGAGGAUGACCCUGCUGACCCCGAGGACCCACCCGAGCCUCCCGCUCCAAGCACCGUGGCGACAAAAAAGAAGAAGAGACGGAGGAAGAAGCACAAAGGAGACCCCCGAAGAGAGGAGCUGACCCCGCCCAUGUCAGUCACUACCAGUAAUGCUGUUGCUGCUAACGCACCUGCUGCUACGACCGCUGCUAUGUCCAGCACCGGGCAAAACGAAGAGAUCUUUGAGAUGGACCUGAGCUCUGACGAGGAAGCUGCAGCGCACGUCUCACGGUCCCCUUCGGUGACGACAAUGCGGGACAUUGACCCCAAAUUACCCGCAGCCAGACACAGCCUCGAUGGUUAUCCGAUGUCAGAUGGGGACUGGCCGGCAAAUGACAGUCACGGCUUGUCUCAGGCCUUUUCCCCAAAGAGUGACUCUGAGCUGAUGGUCCGGCCCUCCGAGAGUUUGCUCAGAGCCGAGUCCCACAUGCAGUGGACCUGGGGGGAGUUUCCAGAAACAACCAGGGUCACCAAGAAAGAGAAACCAGAGCUACUAAAAACCGUGACCAUCACCCCAUCAGAGAGCACCCACUUCCGCGUCAUCCUCAGCUCCGAGGCCAUGGAGAAAGAGACUCAGAUGGAACGGGGAGAUGGUGGUGCCUCCUCCUCAGCGUGCACCAUAGUCAAGCCCGAGCCGCGCACCCCUAUCACCCCUAUCACCUCUGUAACACCUGUGAUUCCUCUGGCAUCUGUCGGCACCAUAACCUCUGUAAGUCCUGUGACCCCCACAGAGCCCCUGGACGUCCUGCCACCCAGCGUGGCAACCUCCACCCCUUUCAACAGCCAACAGAGCGACUCACCCUCAAAGAAGAAAGGUGUCCCAAAGAGGAGCCAGCAUCAGGGUCCAGAGGACAUCUACCUAGAUGACCUGAAUGUACUUGAACCUGAUGUUGCUGCACGAUAUUUCCCCAAGAGUGAGUCUGAAGCAGCGACGAAGCACUGGAUGGACUCAGAGAUGCACUCUGGUUCACAGUCCCCACAGUCGGUGGGCAGUGCAGCUGCUGACAGCGGGACAGAGUGUCUGUCUGACUCAGCGAGUGACCUCCCCGACGUCACUCUUUCUCUGUGCGGAGGCCUCACAGAAAAUGCUGAAAUAUCCAAAGAAAGGUUCAUGGAGCAUAUCAUCACCUAUCAUGAAUUUGCUGAAAAUCCAGCAAUUAUAGAUAACCCCAACCUGGUUGUAAAAAUAGGGAAUAGAUAUUAUAAUUGGGCUCUAGCCGCACCCUUGAUUUUAAGUCUACAAGCAUUUCAGAAGAAUUUACCAAAGGCUACAGAGGAGGCCUGGGUGAAGGAGAAAAUGCCAAAGAAGUCAGGCCGCUGGUGGUUCUGGCGAAAAAGGGCAGAUAGUGCAAUCAAGCAGUCAGAGACGAAGCAUGAAACGAAGGAGGAGUCUCAUCUGGAGGAGGAGGGACCCUCCAUGUCUCAGGAGAAACUGCCUUUGCCGCCUAAAGCAGGAGACUCAUCCAGUGAUGAAGAGGCUAAGGAGGUGAGCGCUGCGUCCUGUCAGGAGAGACUGCAGCCAGUAGAUGGUCAGCACCACCCGAGCCCACAUAGUUACAGGAAGUCACUACGCCUCUCCUCUGAUCAGAUAGCCAGUCUGAAACUGAAGGAGGGACCUAAUGAUGUGACGUUUAGCAUCACCACCCAGUACCAGGGAACAUGCCGCUGCGAGGGCACCAUCUACCUGUGGAACUGGGACGACAAAGUCAUUAUCUCUGACAUUGAUGGCACCAUCACCAAGUCAGAUGUGUUUGGACAGAUCCUGCCACAGCUGGGAAAAGACUGGACCCACCAGGGCAUCGCCAAGCUCUACCACUCAGUAGCUGAGAACGGCUACAAGUUCUUGUACUGCUCAGCGCGGGCUAUUGGCAUGGCGGACAUGACACGAGGUUACCUGCAGUGGGUCAAUGACGGCGGCACCAUUCUACCCCGAGGACCUCUCAUGCUGUCUCCCAGCAGCCUCUUCUCCGCCUUCCACAGGGAGGUCAUCGAGAAGAAACCAGAGAUCUUCAAGAUUGAAUGCCUUACAGAUAUCAAGAACCUGUUCCAGCAUAACAAGCAGCCAUUCUACGCCGCCUUUGGGAAUAGAGCUAAUGAUGUGUUUGCCUAUAAGGAGGUGGGAGUUCCUGUGUGUAGGAUCUUCACUGUUAACCCCAAGGGAGAGCUGAUCCAGGAGCAGACCAAGGGCAACAAGUCCUCUUACGGCAGGCUCAGUGAGCUGGUGGAGCACGUGUUCCCUCUGUUGAGUAAAGAGCAGAACGAGGCCUUUGUCCUGCCCGAGUACAGCUCUUUCUGUUACUGGAGACAGCCCAUACCAGACUUCAACCCUGAUGAACUGCUCUAAUCCAGCACAUAUGGAUACCCAGGUGCUCACAUACAUGCAACUGGACUUUGCACUCGACUGCAUCUCUAGGAAACACACGAACUGAAAGCUAAACUUUCCUAUAUAGUUCUCAGACGCACACACACAGUAACAGGGUUAUAACUAUAAACAGAAAAAAAGCUGGAAAACAAUAAUUACAGAUGAAUGAAAUUUAUCUCCAGAACAUUAAAUCCUGAUGAAUAAUCCCUGAAAGAAAGUCAUCCCGGGGAGACGAGAGACUAAUCAACAUUAAAUGAUCAUCUUUCCUCUAGCCUGUGAAGGCAUCCCAACCCUCUGUAGUCCCCCCAUCAAAGUAAACGGAUAAGAGUUUGAAAUUUCUCUCUCCAACUUCUAGCAAACAGGAUGGUCUGCAUUUGCCAUCAGGGACACGACUGAAGCCCCACGCGAUGCGUUAGCCCUUAGCACCAGAGUCUGUGCUGUGCAGACGGAAAAGACAUUGUUUUUCUUGAAUCACGUUUUUCACAUUUCCCGAACGUCCCAAAGAGGCGAAAUGUUCAAAGUAGAAAAAAGACACACAGGGUAGGCAGUUAACACCGACCACUCUUCAUAUUCUGGUAAUAUUUUGCUGUGGCUGACACGUUUGACGAGACGCAGGUAGCCAGUCUUUAUUCUGCUCUAAAACAUCGAGUCAAAUAGCGAAAGUUGCUGGUAAACAACUGCUACAACACCUUUUGAACCCCACAUAGCAGUUCGUAUCCAGAAAGCUGCUGUAGGUGUUUACUUCCUGACCUUCUCGACUCCAGACUGACUGCGUGGUCACUAGUUCACCUUUGCUGGAACUGAUUUUAAAUCACUUCCGCCCCGAGAUUUCAUGACGCUCAUAUUUACUGAGCUUGGUAUUGUUGAUAUUCAAGGUCAUAACAGGGAUAUACAUUUGUCAACAAGUAUGUGAAGAUGCACAUUUAGAUGUGACUUAAAAACACAGUGAAGCAGCUUCAUGUUAUAUUGUCUUGCUGUUAUUUUAAUAUGUUUAUUCUGUUAUACAAGCUCUGGCGAAUCAAGUGUUUUGUUAACAAUGCAGUCAUUAUUUAUAAUAAUUGGUAUGUUUAAGUUAUUAAUUUUUAUCGUGAUGCCUUUGCUUGUCUAAAAAAAAGUAAUUUAUCACCAAUGCAAUGUGGAAAUACUUCAAAUCGGUAUUUUGUAUGGUUGGUCAUACGUUAACAUGCACUUAACAGUAACUGCUAGGCCUUGUACGCUCUGUUUUCUUAGCCUUGUAUCCUGUUUUCACGAUCUGUAUUUCUUGUUUUACAGUGAAACUUUCAACAUGUAAGGUACAUGCACAUUCCUCAGCAAACCUCAGAAUCCGCAGCUUUAGUAUUAAAAUAUGUGCGUAAAUGUAAAAGAUCACGCUUGAGUUAGAACAGUGGAAAGAAGCAGAUCUGAAGAAAAGGCUUAAAAUGAAGGAUUUUCUGUUUGCGAGGUGGUCUGUAGAUGCUAAGAUGUUAGUGUGUAUAUGUGUGCGUGCGUGCAUGUGUAAUCACUGACUGCUGCUGUUGUCGGGGUGACAGGAUUCAUUCACCCUUUGCUUAUGAUCCCUCAGUGGCUUUUCCGAGACUUAUCCAACGCACUUUGUCUAAGCUGCACACAGAGAGAGCCUCUCACCCACAUGCACUUCACUGAAGGUCUUCAUAGACAGUAGACCAGAGUAUGCAAUUAAUGCAGGAUGAAGAGUUCUACUUUUACCUCUUUGUUGUGUGAGUGACCUUCUGACACCGCAGACAAAUCAGCUAUUCUGAAGUAUGUUAACAUGAGCAGUUUUUGAAAGGGGAUUUUCUGUUUGUAGGCUGCAAGGCAAAAUGUGGGGAUUUGGGCUGCUGCACAGAGCUACCCCACAGCCUGUUUGUGUGUGUGUGUGUGUGUGUGUGUGUGUGCGUGCGUGUGUGCACGUGUGCGUGCGUGCGUGUGUGCGUGCGUGAAAGAUAAAAGACAAGAGACUGAUCCUGUGCCUCUGCUGACCAGAGGAGGAGCCAUUGGGUCUUUUACUGAUAAACAGGAAAUACUUGAGGAAGCUAUUUAAAAGCGCGUCAGUGGCAUUAUGUCGUGUAUGUUGUAGGAAAAGCGUUGUGGGCAGAUGUUCUGCUCCGCUGACACGGAUCAUACCUCCAGCACAGGUGUAACAUUAACAUGAUAACAUGUGGUAAUGAAGAUUAAAAGUUGGAAAAGAGUCUGCAUAAGACUUGAAGGGAAACUUUGGUAUAUUUCAACCUGGACUCUAUUUUGCCCAUAUUUUUUUGUUUAAGUGACUAAUGGAGUCAAUUUUUUAAAUUGGUUCAGUGUUGAGCAAGGUGAAACAGGGUACACUAUAAACCCCAUGGGCAAUUUGGCACUGUCAGUUUACGUCCACUGACAGGCUCAGAUUUUUAUUAGUAUUUGACAGCAUAAGAUUAUUUUUAUGGGCUUUUUGCCUUCAUGAGUCUUGGUUACAGUAACAAACAAACCGGGUCAGCUAAAGUAAGGAAUAACGUUUAAAAUAACAAUCUGAUCCAGUCAGUGGCAAAAACAAGAACAUUUAAUGGACGUAGGGAUUACAUUGUUUUACCGCUACGGCUGCAGCGUCUCCAUUAGUAAAUUUGUUAGAUACUUUAAUAAUAAAGCAUGUCAGUGGCAAUAUUAGCACUUUUAAUGGACGUAAAAUGACAAUUGCCUGUUGAGAUAAGUUAAUUGCAGCCUGAUUCGCUGCUGUAGCUGCAGCCGUCUUUAAAACCUGUCUCCAUUAGUUAAUUUGUUAGAUAUUUCUAAUUCAAUCAGAGCCUGUCAGUGGCAAAAAGUAGCACUUUUGAUAGUUAUAAAAUGACAGUGCGCAAUUGCUCGCUGGGAUUAGUAUAUUGCAGCCUGUCUCACUGCUAUAGCUGCAGCUGUCUCUCUUAAUACUGAGCUAAUUUUCAAAAAAAAAAAGUCUCCAUUGUUUAUAUUGUCAGACUCUAAGAAUAACAAUCUGUGCCUGUCAGUGGCAAAAAUUAGCACUUUUAAUGGACUUUAAUAGGAGGUGCAUGGUUGCUUGUAGGGAUUACAUUGUUUUACUGUAUGGCGACAGCAGUCUCUCUCAAAAUUGAACUAAUCUAAAAACUGUUGUCUAUUAGUUAAUUUAUUAGAUACUUCUAAUUACAGUCUGAGCCUGUCAGUGGCAAAAUGAGCACUUUUAAUGAACAUAAAUUAAAGGUACACAAUAGCUUGUAGGGAUUACAUUGCAGCCUGUUUUGCUGCUCUGAAGUUAUUUCAAAAACUGUUGUCUCCAUUAGAUUUGCUGUCAAACACUGAAAACAGUCUGAGCCUGUCAGUGGUAAAAACGAGUGCUUUUAAAGGACGUAAAUUGAUGAUGCUAAUUCCGAAAAAAUGUUGUCUCUAUUAGUCACAAAAUCAAAAACAUGGGAAAAUGGGGUCCAGGUUAACAAAUUCAAAAGUUUCCCUUCAAACACAGAAAGCUAUUCAAUGGAGAAAAAAAAGCACAAUUUAUGAUCAUGGCUGCAUCCAGAUUGUCACUAUUACCGUCAUUAUUUUUGGCUGAAGUGUUUCCGCGUUCACUCUGUAGCUCAGAUGUUUUUGUGAUGGUUAAGACGCGUGCUUCACUUUGAUUUUAUUUGCUUGUUCUCGACAAAGUUUGGUGUCGCAAAUAGAUAUAUAUCUUAUGAUUAACAAAAUAAAUUCCAUUCUUUCUAUGAAAGUAAAGCAUCUUGUGUGGAAGAAUCACACUUCAUCCUCGAUGACCCCGGGAUAUGUGCGUGGUAUAUAAAUAUAUAUAAUAUUGUUUGGUCUCACUCAACUGCUGUGGAAAAAUGAUCCAGUAUAUAUGCUGAUCAUCACAUUCUUCUGUCUUCGAUGCCUUUUCUUUUUGUUUUAUCAUUUCUUAUAAAGUGUAUGAUCUUCUGUGUGUUUGUUUCAUUGUUUUUUGGAAGUAAUGCUUGCUAUUUGAUUGUGUCUGACCAACAGAAAUACCUUAAGUGUAUGCUGUGUUUGAUUUGUACAGAAAUGUGGUUCAAAGUCAAGAACAAAAUACGUUGUAUGAAGAAAAAAAAACAGGCCUAAUGAAGCUAACAAAGUGUGGCUUGUGGUCAUAUUUGUAUCAAAUAAAGUUUCUAACUGAAUACA